AUGGAAAACGCGGAGUUAUUGAAAGAUAUUCACCCCUCUUUCCAUGUCGCAGCAACAAAAGUUUAUGUCAAUGAAGUUGUUCAGAAAGUAAAUACUCAUGGAGUUCUUCAAGAAAGAAUUUUAAUUGUUACAAAUUCCGGUAUUUUCUUACUUCAACAGCGAACAUUCCCACGAUCAUACUAUGUGUCAAGAAUUAUUCCAUUUUCUCAACUAGUUUUGAUUAUCGUCGAUGAAUCAACAAUGCAAUUUUAUUGUGGAGGCGUAACAAUGAAAUUACGUCAUCCAAAACAUGUACAAAUCGCAUCUAUAGUCUACUCAGUAAGGGUUGGUUUAUUCGGUGACAAACCAAGACCGGCAAAAAUUGAAAUCGCCGAAUCAGUUCAAGAUUCAUUUGGAACUAGCGACUUUGAUUUUGAAAGCGACUCAAUUCUUGGUGAUAGUUUUUUGUCUUUGGCCUUAACUGUUCCAGCUAAAAAAUAUCAUGCCGAUAGUGUGGCAGAAUAUAGAGAAAUGCUAAAGCGCUCUCAAGCCGCGAUUUACAUUACUCCCGAAAUAGCAUCAUCUGCCUAUGCCAUGGCGUUUGGAUGGGCGAUUUCAUUACAUCCAGAAUUACUUCAGCUCGAAUUCGAUGACGUUUCAAUAUUCUCGUUUGCCACAAUACUCAAUACUAUUUUGGAUCAGAGCACAUCCCUUCAUAGCCUUAUUUUUAAGAAUGUUUCGUUUGUCGGUGAAUUUCAACUUCAGCCAUCAUUUAAAAACAAUAUGGCGCAGACAAUGGAGUUGACUUUCUCACAAUGCGAUCUAACUUCCAACAACUUUUUCCAAUUUUUCGAAAAAUUGACAAAAUUUAGAUUCGAUUUUUCAGCUCUUACGUUCGAUUCAUGCACAUUUACGAUAACUACAUUUGAUAGCAUAAUGAAAUGCAUCACUUCGAACAAAUCUUUCGAGAAUUUAUGCAAAUUAUAUUUUUCAAAGCUUUCGAACAUUUCUGGAUUUGUCCACACUACAAUUCUUUCACUUUUCGGUUCAUCCUUCAUGAAGAACUCGAAAACGAUCAAAUCUUUGUCAUUUGUCGGCUGCGGACUGAAUGUGAACCAAAUUGUUGCAGGAAUCUUCAGGAAUUCGACACCGAUAGAGGAACUGAACCUCUCAGGCAACAAAAUACUCAUGAACGCUGAGAUCGAGUGCAUUACAAAUCUCCAUAACGUCACUUCCAUUGAUUUCUCCGAAUGCCAGUUCACUGGAAGCUCUCUACAUACAGUUUUAUCGUUACUCAGCAAGCCAAUUGCUUCCCACAUCAACUUUUUCGGACUUGAUAAAAUAAUUCUCGACGAAGGUGGCUGGAAUCUCUUCUUUAACAAGAUAAAGAAGUUUUCCAUAUCAUGCAGACGCUUGUCAUUCGUAGGAAACCCCAUGAAUUAUCAACAAGCAACGGCUUUUUGCGAAUUCAUCUCAAAACAGAAGAGUUUAAAGGAAAUUUCUAUCUCAACAGCCGGUUUUGACGGACCAACGGUUGAACUCUUCGCCAAUUGCUUCAAAUCGAUGGAAUUAGAUCGUAUCGAUUUGAUAAACGAAGAAAAUGCACAAGAACAUGCUUCAAUUAAUCCUAUAAUCAAAGCAGUAACGUGUGUCAAAGUUCUACACCUUGAAAAUCAAGGUGGAGGAGAAAAUUUGUUGAAUGAAGUCCAAGACUUAGCCCAACACGGAAAAUUGAUUGACUUAUGCUGCGAUGGAUGCAAUCCUCAAUCCAUCAACUCCAUUUACAAUUUCUGCCAAAAUCUGAUGACGACGAGAUUAUCUUCAGCGAAUUGGCCGGAAAGGGACAUCAAAAACAUCAUCCUCAAGUUGCAAAUCAAAGAACGAGGAGCGAACAAACAGAAAAUGGAAGGACUCAAAACUGAAUUUAUUAAGAGAAUGGGAAGCAAAAAGAAGAUUGUUCCGCUUCCGUCGACACCUGUAACAAAUAAGAGAAACGUUGAUGCAACUUUAUCCAAGAGAGACGUAAAUAUUGAAAAUAUAAUCAAAGAAUGCUUGAAUAUCAAAUCAGGAUCAUUGAAAGAACCUCUUAUUGAUGCUUUGACAGAGAUUAAUAAUAUAAUCUCUAUUGAAUAUCUCUACGCUGACAACUAA